GCUCCGCGUCCCCUCCCCGCCGCCGCCGGCCGCUCUUUCCCCGCCCGUCCAUGUCCCUGCCCGUGGUGCUCCCGGGCUCCUGCUGCCCGGUGGCCGGGCUCUCCGGCGGGCCGCAGGCCGGGGGCCCGGGCGCCGCGGCCGCCACCGCCCAGGAGCCGCCGCUGCCCCCGCUGCGGCCACGCUGGCCCCGGGCCGCGCUGCAGCCCCCGGCGCGGCCUCGCUGCGUGGCCACCGCCGCCGCCGCCGGGGUGCUGGCCGCGCCGCCCGCGCUCUCCUCCCGCCGGGCCGCCGCCGCCGCCGCCGCCGCGGCCCCGGGCGCAGCGCUGCUCCCCGCUCGCCCGCUGUUGUCGCUCGGGCUGCUGCAGCUGAUCCUGGGCUGCUGCAUGGUGGCACUCAGCUUCGGGGCACUGUCGCUGAGCAGCUCUCCGCAGGUGAAGAACUCGUGCCCGUUCUGGGCCGGCUCCUCGGUGAUCCUCUCUGGAAUCAUAGGAUUAACGACUUGGAAACGGCCCAUGAUACUCCUGGUGAACCUCUUCGUGCUGCUCUCUGUGGUGUGUGUCCUCUUAAAUUUGGCUGGAUUUAUCCUAGGCUGCCAAGGGGCGCAGUUUGUGUCCAGCGUGCCCAGGUGUGAUCUGGUGGACUUAGGUGAAGGCAAGAUUUGCUUCUGCUGUGAAGAAUUCCAACCAGCCAAAUGCACAGACAAAGAAAAUGCCUUGAAACUCUUUCCAGUUCAGCCCUGUAAUGCUGUUCACCUUCUACUUAAGAAAGUCCUUUUCGCCCUGUGUGCCUUGAAUGCCCUAACCACCACGGUCUGCUUGGUGGCAGCCGCCCUUCGCUACCUCCAGAUAUUUGCAGCCAGAAGAUCCUGCGUGGAUGAAUCCCAGAUUUCUGCCGGAGAAGUGGAAGAGUGUGGACGGAUCCCAGACCCCGAUGACUUCGUGCCCCCAGUGCCGCCCCCUUCCUAUUUCGCCACGUUUUACUCGUGCACACCCCGGAUGAACCGCAGGAUGGUUGGUCCUGAUGUUAUUCCACUGCCGCACAUCUACGGAGCACGAGUCAAAGGCGUGGAAGUGUUCUGCCCUCUGGACCCCCCGCCUCCCUAUGCAGCUGUGAUGAGCCAGACAGACCAGGAGCAGGGGUCUUCAUUCCAAAUGCUAGAAGGAUCAGAAGCUGGCAGCAGCCUGUUGGAACCGAUCUGCACACCAGUCACUCAAGGUGGGGACAUUCCUAACACGCCUGGAGAAGAAAGCACGUUCUUAUCAACUCCCAACACAAACCAGCUACAGCCCGCGAGAAGCCGGAGAGCCCCCCCACCCCUGAGGACAAGAUCCAAGAGCGACCCUCUGCUCCAUCACUCCUCGGAGAGAGCCGUCCCCGUGCUCAGCUGUGAAGCCGCGACUCAGACUGAAGGAAGAUCAGAUUUGGCUGCGGUGACCUUGAGGAGAGGCUUGAGAUCCAGAGCUUCAAGAUGCAGACCGAGGUCUUUAAUAGAUUACAAAUCUUACAUAGACACCAAGCUGCUGGUGGCGAGGUUCCUGGAGCAGUCCUCCUGCAGGAUGACCCCGGACAUCCAUGAACUCGUAGAAAACAUUAAAUCUGUUCUGAAGUCCGACGAGGAGCACAUGGAGGAAGCCAUCACAAGUGCCAGUUUCCUAGAACAGAUAAUGGCCCCGUCGCAGCCCAGCACUUCCAGGGCCCACGUGCUGCCCUCGCGGAGACAGCCUGGCCUGCUGCACCUGCGGAGCUGCGGGGACCUGAGCACCUUUGUCCCGGUGGGGAGGCCGAGAGCUGAGAGGAGGCCCCGGCACACAGAGGCUGAGAGGCCACACAGCCUCAUCGGGGUCAUCCGAGAGACUGUCCUGUGAAGCUGCGUGGCUGGGCUUCCGCAUCGGCCUGAGGAGCAGGAAGGAAGGAAGAUGGGCCCUGGAAGGCGGAGAGCCGCUCCGAGGGGAUGGAUCUCCUUCCUCUCCGUGUAGUUUCCUGGCUGGGAGUGGGGGUCCUCCUCAGGGAACUCCCCCAAAAGGAGGCACUCCAGAGAACAUUUCUUCCCACUCUUCGGCUCCCCUUUCGGCUGCCUAAGGGCACUCGAGGGUGAAUGAGCAAGUUCCUCCAGCUCACUGGCUUUCCCAUGCCGUGAGCUGGAGGCUGUGAGAGCAGCCUCUCUCCUCUCUCUGCGGUCCGUGCCCUGGGGGGGCCAGAAACUGGGCUCAUGUUUCUCGCCCGCCUCACCUCUCCUGGCUCUCUUCCUCGCCGAGUUCUUUCCCUCAUUAGAAGCACAGAUCUGCUGGGCUGCUAUUUAUAGCUGCCUGCGGCCUUCCGCUGCUCCGUGAGCAGGAAUUGGCACGAAGCAGGAUGAUUAACCCCGGUGUUCUACAGACGGCAAGCCUCAUUUUAGGUCACCCUCCAAUCGCACUCUCUUUAGGAAAAAGGAACCUUUUUCAGUGACACAUUCUAAUGAAGGACAUUAAGGGAGAGAAUUCUCGUUGAUUCCAUUUAUUCAUGCUUGCAAAACUAGAGAUGGCUAAGGCAGAACUGAGAAUAAAAAUGUUUAC